GCAGCGUCGGGCUCCAUAGCAAGGCCUAAGGGGGUGUGGCCUAGGGCCCGAGGUGGGGGUUCUCGAGCUGGGGGAACAUGGAUGGCUGGAGACAGAAUCUAGACCCUUCAAAUCCGAUAGAGAUGUUACGACUUCCAGGAUCGCCAGGGCUGAUUCCUCCCUCCCACUUCCAAGCUCGGUCCCUUCCAGCUGUGCCAAGAAUGACUCCCACCUGGGCUGCAGAUAUCCCCCUGGCCCCAUCCCCAUUCCAUCAAGACGUCCCCGAGAGGCGGCUCGACAACUUGAGACCUCAAGUGGCCAUGUGGGAACGGGAUGCUUCCGGUGACAGCCAGGACCCGGGGCAGAGAAUCAGGUGCCUGGAGACGUCUCAGGCACUGGCCCAGCAGGCCGAGCUGAUCUCCAGGCAGCUGCAAGAGCUGCGGCGGUGCGAGGACGAGGCCCGGGGCCUGCGGGAAACGUCACUGCAGCAGAAGAUGCGGCUGGAGGCCCAGACGGUGGAGCUGGAGGCUCUGGCGCAAGCCGAGAGGGCCGGCCGAGCGGAGGCCGAGGGACUGCGGGCGGCCCUGGCCGGAGCCGAGCUCAUCCGGGAGAAGCUGGAGGAGGGAAGCCAGAGGGAGCUGGAGGAAGUUCAGAGGCUGCACCAAGAGCAGCUCUCCGGCUUGACGGCCGCUCACCAGGAGGCUCUUUCCAGUCUGACCAGCAAGGCCGAGGACUUAGAGAAGGCUCUGACUAGCUUGGAAUCCAGGCGCGCCCAGGAAGCCAUGGAGCUGGCCGUGACUCAGAGGGAGAAGGAGCUGCUGCAGAAGCAACUGAGCGAGGCCAAAGAAGACCUGGAGGCUCAGGUGGCCCUGGUGGAGAAUCUGAGGACGUACGUGGGGGAACAAGUCCCCGCAGAGGUCCGCAGCCAGGCGUGGGACCAGGAGCAGAAGGAACUUCUGGAAACCGUGCAUAGCUUGCAGGAGGACCGCGACGUCCUGCACACCACGGCCGAGCUGCUGCAGGUGCGAGUGCAGAGCCUCACCUACAUCCUCAGCCUGCAGGAGGAGGAGCUGGCCAAGAAGGUUCAGCCUUCAGGUUCCCUGGACCCCCAGCUCACCAGGAAGUGCCAGUCCUUGCUCACCUGCUGGCGGGAGAAGGUGUUUGCCCUCAUGGUGCAGCUGAAGGCCCAGGAGCUGAGCCACAGAAGGAAUGAAGAGCAGUUGAGGAGAGAGGUGGCCGAGCUUGAGGAAAGAGUCGGUACACAGAGACAGGAGCUCACCAUCCUCCAGCGCUCCCUGCAAGACAAGGCUGCAGAGGUGGAGGUGGAGCGGGUCGCGGCCAAGGCCCUGCAGGGGGAGCUGAGCCGCGCCCUGGAGGCCCGGCGCCGGCAGCAGCAGGCGACAGCCAAGGCUGAGGAGCAGCUGAAGCUAGUAACCAGUUCUGUGUGCAGCUCUCAGGUCUGGCUCCAGAACACUGUGGCCAACGUGGAACAGGCUAUCGCCCAGCUGCCCAGCCUCAGCAACCGGCUCAACUAUGCCGCCCGCAAGGUCCACACCAUUCAGGGCCUAGUGGCUCGGAAAGUGGCCCUUGCCCAGCUGCGCCAGGAGAGCUGUCCCCCGCCCCCACCCCCGCCGGCCGUGGACGUGGACGUGAGCCUUGAGUUGCAGCAGCUGCGGGAAGAGCGGAAUCGCCUGGAUGCAGAGCUGCAGCUAAGUGCCCGCCUCAUCCAGCAGGAGGUGGGCCGAGCCCGGGAGCAAGGGGAGGCGGAGCGCAAGCAGCUGAGUGAGGUCGCCCAGCAGCUGGAGCAGGAGCUGCAGCAAGCCCAGGAGGCCCUGGCCAGGGUGGGGCUGCAGCUGGCCGCGGCUCGCCAGGGCCAGCAGGAGAGCACCGAGGAGGCAGCCAGCCUGCGGCGGGAGCUGACGCAGCAGCAGGAGGACUAUGGGCAAGCUCUGCAAGAGAAGGUGGCCGAGGUGGAAACCCGGCUGCGGGAACAGCUGUCGGAGAUGGAGAGGAGACUGAAGGAGGCGCGGAGGGAGCAUGCCCAGGCCGUGGUCUCCCUGCGCCAGAUCCAGCAGAAAGCCGCCCGGGAGAAGCAGCGGAACCAGGAGCUGCGGCAGCUGCAGGAGGAGGCCCGCCAGGAGGAAGGGCUGCUGACCCGGCGGCUGCAGGAACUGGAGAGGGACAAGAACCUGAUGCUGAACACCUUGCGGCAGGAGGGUCUCCUCUCCCCUCACAAGCAGCAGCAGCUCCUGGCCGCCCUUCCUUCCUUCCUGGACACGGGGAAGCCCGUGGAGGCCAGCUCUCAGCCUCCGGGCUCGUUAGCCCCCGCAGCACCCACCAGGCCUUCAUCCCCAGCAGCCUCACCCCGCUCCAAGGAGGCCAUAACAGGGUCCCUCUCUGCUCUGCUCGAUGACCUGCAAGGCCUGACUGAAGCCAUUGUCAGAGAGGAAGGGCUGUGUCAAGAUGGCACCCCGAACCCUUGCCCCAGCCCACUGCUGAAGGGGAGGCCCGGGGAGGGCCGAGGAAGCUCUGGAGAAGUGGGGAAGCCCGCCAGCCCUCUUCCCCAUCCGGCCACCACCCGGUACCUGUGACUCCUCCGGGGCUCACUCAAUAAAGCAGGGUGAUGACACAGG